AUGCGCUUGGGAGUCGCAUUAUGGCGUAAUUUAAAUCUCAGAGAGUGGAACAGAAAAGUGUGGGAAAUUGGUUAUCGUGGACCUCCGUUACCAAAAUUGAAGCAGACUGGUAGGCCACCUGGCGUCGUUACCGAUGACGCUAUCAGACUGUUACAGGAGAGAUUCCAACGAGAAUAUGAAGUAAUGAGGUGUCUUGCAACUCCAUAUUUGACCAAGGAACGCGAAGCUCCUUAUCUGGCGGCAUAUGGAGAUUUCAAUCAACAACUUCAGAAUGCGAAACAGGAGCAGGAGUAUAGAAGCAUGCCUGGUGAGCCAAAGAAAGUGACUGGUUAUAAACGUAUUGAUCGUCGGUAUGCAAACGUUGGAAAUUUGUUACAUGUUGACAGAACCAUAGAAGAUUCUUUAAAACACAUAAUUGAGGGACAAAGAUGGGACUAA